GAUUGGUCUCUGCACACACGCUGCUAACACUUCUGUCUCCUUUCUUUAGACAAAUAAACACAACCACGUGGAUAGAAGACCGUGAUGACCGAGACAGGACUGUGCGGUCCUGAAACAAACCAGGACGCGAGAGGAAGAGACGAAUUUGUUGCGUUUCUACUCAUUUUUGUGUGAAAUACUUCGCUUUAUUUAUGGGCAGCGAAAUCAGUAAAAACAGUAAGGAUUAUCUUUAAUUGUCUAGAGAGAGGAACCAGCUGCUCAGCGUCGACUCAGUCAUGGGUUCCUCUCAAACAUGGGGGUCACCAUCACUCACAGACUCGGACACUCAGUUGUAUUUUCGCGGCCUGUGGGACUGAACGAUACAUUACCCGUCCCCAAACACCUGCUGCCUUCAGAGGACGCCUCUGAGACGUCGGGGAAAUUGAGGACUCAUCCAGCAUUCGUCUUUCUGCCUGAGUUCCCACAGCGUACGUUUCCUGGACAAGACCACUUCCAGAUCCUGGGCUUCAUAGCUAAAGGCUCAUAUGGACCCAUUUUGAAAGUGAUGGACAUUUUCAAAGAGAAGACCUAUGCUGUUAAGGUUCUGCCAAAGUCAGAGGUCUUGAAGCAUGGAGUGCUGCAGCAGUCAAAAGAGGAAGUCAUCAUUCAGCGGCAACUCAAACACCCAUUUAUCCACAAUCUGCAGGACUGCUGGCAGACGCAGCACCACCUCUUCAUUAUGUUCGACUACUGCAGCGUUGGAGACUUGUAUACAUACUGGUUACUGAGGAGCCAGUUUGGAGAGGAUGAGGUUCGGCUCUUUGCUGCAGAGCUGGGGAGUGCGCUGGGAUUCCUACAUGAUUUAGGGAUCAUGCAUAGAGAUGUAAAGAUGGAGAACAUUCUUUUGAGUGAUCGAGGUCACCUGCGCUUGUCUGAUUUCGGACUCUCGCGGCGGCUGAAACGAGGAGGAAGAGCGUUUACAAUAUGUGGGACAAUCCAAUACAUGGCUCCUGAAGUUUUAAGUGGGGGUCCAUACAACCAUGCAGCCGACUGGUGGUCCCUCGGCAUUAUGUUGUUCUCACUGGUGACGGGAGAGGUGAGGCCACAUAAAUUUCCAGUACCUGCAGAGCCCGACCACAGUACCAUGUUGAACAAGGUCAGAUAUUUUCCUUAUGUCCUACCUAAGACGUUCAGCUCUGCUUUGAUCUUACUGCUCAAUGAGCUUUUGUGCAAGAAUCCAGCGAACCGGCUCCGUAACCUUGAGUGUUUCAAGAUGCAGGCCUUCUUUCGUGGCACUUCAUUUGACUCUCUCAUCCUUCAAAAGACACCUGUUGAUGUCAUCCUCAAGCUCAGGGCUCAUCCUGAUUGGGCAGUCAAAGCGAUGAGAGGCCUCUCUUUGGCCUACUUUGAUAACUUUGACUGUGAUCAAAUCCUUCAUUCUCCUGCAACUCCCACUGAACUGUCUCCUGCUUUGACCAACGUGGACCUGAGACCAGCUGCAGAGUAGACUUGUAAAGCAUAAGCCGGGGCUGUGUUUCUGUGUCUGGAAGAUAAACUCUGCAGACAAUGAAAAUUUCUCUGAUGUGUCACCUCUUGGACAUUUUUUUUUAACUUUUGCAGUGUUUGACCGUUCCCUUUUUCCCUGUGUAUACAGUAUUAACAGAUUUGUUACUUUCUGUGCUCCUGCAGCCAACUAGGUUAUUAUUUCAACCAUGUUCUGGUGUAUUUUUAUUGCUGUCAGAAUAUAAUGAAGCAAUGUUGUGAGAUACCAUUCAAUUAUUCUCAUUAUUAUUAUUAUUAUUAUUUUACAGUUUUGAAACUCUGUGAAAUCAUUUUGAGGGUUUUAUCCGUAAAUUCUGAAAUUAAACUUUGAUGGUUCUCACA